CGUGCGGAAGUUCCACAGAUAGAGAUAAAACUCGCAGGCCUCUUGACUACGAUAGAUUUUCAAAAGGCCCGAUUAAUAGCUAAUAAAUUACACGAUCAUUUACCCUUCCGAUUUUCUACACCCGAAAUAAGAGCGAUGCUGCAGGUUGACUGGCACGAAUACAUGAAGAAAAUGAAACCGCGAAUUGGAAAUCGCGUAUGGUUAUCCAACAGACAGGUAAUGGUUUUUUUAAACAACGAGUACAUCGGUAACGACAAAGACUUUGCAGAUUACAUAAGCGAAAGCUACGUAUUUUGCUUACCGACAACAGGGGGUUACUAUCAAGACCUCAUAACGCAACAAUUUCAAGAAUAUAUAGAAAACUCCGGAAGGGAUUUUGUCUACUUCACAUUCACUAUCAACAAUCAAACGAUAGGCUCUUUCCUUUUCGUGCUGUUCUCAGAUCUGCUGCCUCGUACUUGCAAGAAUUUCUUAGAUCUAUGUAUUGGAGAUCAAGGCCACACGAAGGACGGUACCCGCUUACAUUACAAAAAUACGAUCGUCCAUCGUAUUGUCGAAAAUGGAUGGCUGCAGUGCGGAGAUGUAGAACUAAUCCGUGGAGGUGGUGGAACAGCAACAAAUGGUGCUGUGAUUCCUGACGAAACGUACUGCGUACCCCACAAUCGGCGCGGAGUUCUUUCAAUGGCAAACAACGGGAAGGACAGCAAUGGGUCUCAAUUCGUUGUUUCCUUGAAAGCCAAUCCAUGGAUGGACUACUAUUACGUUGCCUUCGGGCAAUUGGUCGAUGGGGUAGAAACGUUGAAAAAGAUUGAGCAGGUUCCAACUUUAUUCGAGAAACCAUUAAGGCGAAUAGUUAUCUCUCGCUGUGGACAAUACUUCUUUGGAGAAGAACCAGACAUGGAGGCUGGACCCGAUGCCUUUGUCAAACAUGCUAUUGAAUUAUCUACUCCGAUGCCACAAGGGGAGUGUCCGGGUCCCUGUCCUUACAUUUAUCCCGGAUAUCCAGGCAUCGAUCCGUGGCUUGAUAAUGUCGCUGACAAAUUGGAUGAUCGUGACACAAUCUCUCUUCUUAUGGCGGAACGGUAUUUGUCCGGUCUUUACACUCUUGCGACCGACUAUCUGCCAGGAACUGAUAUGCUUUUGCCGGAGAGGCAGAAGGCGAGUCCAGCUAUGGAGUUGAAUAUAGAUAUGAACCAGGUUUGCCCUGGUCGCGAAUCAGGAGAGGGUGCAGAAUUUUCAUUCGACUUCGCCACAUCAAGUGACGAGGAAAAACUAGCUCUCAUACGUGGAGUUGGUAAAGAAAUUGUUGCCCAAGCUUUGAAUGCCUGUGAUGAUGAGGCAAAUUUGGAACGAAUGUCGAUGGAUAGUGUGGGUACAGCACAAUGGAUUCUUGAACUAGCUUGCGAAGUUGCAUCUGCGGCUCUUGCCAGAGUUAAUCGUAUCGAAAGCCGGGAGUUACGCGAACAAGAAGAUUGCCAAAAAGUGUUUUUGAGUGAGGAAGUGAAAAAGAUUACUGAAGGAUUAGUGACACCGGACGGUAUGUCACUCGUGGAAGAAGUACUGAAGGAAGCCUUGUUACACGCGGUUGAAUUGGGAAAGGAUCCAGAGGAUUCGGAAAUAGCCUCAGAAGCUGUAGUAGGUGAUGAGUGAUCUUUGUUUACUUUUUUACGAACAAGAAAAAAAAAAAUUAAAAUAUCCUAAUAGAUUGAAUUAUUACGUGUUUAGACAACUUGUUACCAAGUUAAACGCGGAUUACUAAUUUUACAAAAGUAAAAAGUGAAUAAACAUUCUGAACAUGACGUAAUUUAAAUUUAUGUAUUAGUUGAGAAAUAUAUUUACAUGUAUCGCAGAUCAAAGAUACAACUUAUAAUCGAUAAAAC